UUCCCAGCUUAGAACCCUAAUUCUUCCGUAGAAGAGGGCGAUGAAGAUCACGGCGCUGCUGCUGCUCAGGGCGAGCGAUUCGGCAGCAGGAUCAUCGGCUUCCGGCAGCGACCCGGCGGUACUGGCAAAUGCAUCGGAUGUGAGCCAUUUCGGCUAUUUCCAGCGCUCCAGCGCCAGAGAAUUCAUCAUGUUUGUAGCUAGAACUCUCGCCAAGCGGACGCCGCAAGGGCAGCGGCAUUCCGUGGAGCAGGAUGAGUAUGUGGUGUAUUGCUACAACAGGAAUGGGCUUUGCGGGCUGGCGUUCACGGACAAGCAGUAUCCAAUGCGAAGUGCUUUCUCAGUGAUUAACAAGGUGAUCGAUGAGUACAUCCAAGCGUUUGGAAAUUCCUGGAAAUCAGUGACAACCGAUAACACGGAACAAUGGCCAGCUCUAAAUCAAGCCUUGAUGAAGUACCAGGAUCCAAUGGAAGCGGACAAGCUCAUGAGGAUCCAGAGGGAUCUCGACGACACCAAAGUCAUACUGCACAAGACCAUAGAAAGCGUCCUUGCUCGAGGGGAAAAGCUCGACUCAUUGGUGGAGAAGAGCUCUGAUCUUAGCAUGGCUUCCCAGAUGUUUUACAAGCAAGCCAAGAAAACCAACCAGUGCUGCAGCAUCUUGUGAGAGCGACGCGAUUUUGAUAAAACUCGCUAUACAUACCGUGUGUUGAUGUAAGCUUGUAUAAUCUACCAGCACCUCAGAAAAGUAUCUAUCAUCACUGUAACCAGCCAGAUUCACGAAACUUCAAAUCCAUUCUUUUC